AUGGGUCCAGGAAGAACUGACCGAAGGCAUUUCUUUGAGGAGGGGGUGCUGGAAGAGCAUACACCUGCGUCAGCCUUCCAUACACCAGGAGAGGCAGAAGACCCAGGUAACCCUGUUGGAGCAUCUUUCGAGGACUAUCUUCGGUUGAAGCCGGUGGGCAAAUUGCGACGGACACCACAUCACCGUCGGCUCGUGACUGUGGCGCUGAUAUCCAUUGUUUCGCUAAUGGCAGUUGCCUCCUUGAUAGCCCUUUGCUACACCCAUCAUAACAGGACAAAUACAGCAGGGCUGGUGAAGCGCAGUCUCUCGGACCUUGGGGAUGAGGAAGAGUUAUCAGUAAUUCUAGAGCAAUGUGUCGAACUAGAAGAAGAACUUGGCUUCUCGGGCACAGCCCUCUUUACCAGUGAGCAGGGUGUGGACGUUUCCUUAAUUUAUAACUCAGCAGCAAAUUUUGAAGAAGCGAGAGCUAUACAGCACCAAAUGGUCACAUGGGAUGAAAGUUUGCACCUACACGGUUUGGGAAGCUUCGUAGAGAGUCUCUCACAGGAAACAGAUUGGAGUGGAAGUGCUCCGCACAUGGCCGACGGGAGUUCGGGAGGGCCCCAUUGGAAUCGUUCCUCCGGAGGGGCUGUUUCUUCCGUUGGGGCACAAAGUGCACCCUACAGUGCUACUGGGGAGUUUCCGUCGGCUUUCCCCCCCUUGCCACAACAGCAAGCGCCUGGCGCUGUGCUGCACCAACUUCCUACAGAUGGUAAAACCAACAUGCAUUUGGAUGCAUUUGAUCCUAAUGCGUGGUUGGAUACGAUUCCAUGGAGCUUACCUGUCACCAACGAGCACCAGGAGUUACAAGUAGGCCCCAUGGGAGUGGCAUUGUCUCGUGGGGACGCAUCUGACUCUCAAGCUCAUAUCCAGGAUUUAUCGGGACCAAAAGCAGCCAGUACUUUGUCGGGAUUCUUGCCUGCAACCAGUAUGAGUCAGGGCCUCGCUGGGAGCCCGGUAGGAGGAACUUAUGGGCCAUGGACUUUGCGUGGAGCUCAGGAAAAGCGUUGUCAGGCAUGUCGAAGCUCCGAUAGCGAACAGGCAAAUACAACAGCACGCGGCCAUCAACCUGUUCUGCCUGCAAGCAUGCUUCGGGGGGCAAAUACAGAAAGAUUCCAAGAGUCCCACAUGAGUGGACCUGUCGUUCUAUUGCAAACUGCACCGCAUCCGCAUCCGGCAGCCGGCGCUGAUUCAUUCUCUGAAGCUCGUGUAAGCGGAGAGCAGAACGGAAUUCUGCGUGGAGGCGAAGAGGCGGAAGCGAUUUUCGACUUGGUCGCAGCCACAACCCAACAAGAAAGCAAGCGCGAAGGGGAACAACCAGCACAAGGGGCCGAAGUUUUAUGGGGUUCUCAAGAGUCGUCAAGCUCUGCCAGGGCCGUUGCUCCCACGAGCGCUUUAUGCGGUGAGGCAGAGGAGAUGAACCAGCUCACACACCCAUUCGUGAGGCUGCCAUUGGUAAGCCCAAACGAUAUUCCAAGGUCCUUCAGGACAGAGAUUGCAUUCUCCACCAAUGUGUUUGAAAGAUCCUCUCUGCGCAUACUCUUGCAGAUGCGUAGGUUGCUUGCAAAACAAUCACUGAAUUCUUGGGAGGUGGAAGCGCUCUUGCGUCAGUGCGAAUAUUUAGUCAACCACGCUGUCCACAAGAUGACGGCUCCUCUUUCGAAGCAGGGGGCUUUCUUUGUCGCUAGGCGACUGGGAACGCUACUUUUCAUGUUUGACUACGUGGUGUGCACGAUCAUGCUCUUGCAAGAAAAAAUGGAAACCGAGAAGUGGUGGGAUAUGUUUGUGUCCAAAUUCAAAACAGACUAUUAUUUUCCCGACAGCUAUGUAGGGAAGAGGGAUCUUGAGAGGCGGCUUCCUGAUUUGGUCAACCGUCUUGCUGAGGCGUUGGCUAUGUACAAGAAAGGUUUGCGUCCGGCUGUAGUUGAUGUAAUCGCUCUUAAGAAGGACAUUCUCGAACUUUUAGGUAACUAUGGCUAUUUUGAACAUAAGAUGUGGGAUCUUUGGAGGAAGGACGACUCCCGAUUUUGUCGUCGUGGUGCAGAGAAUAGGGAGAACAAGAGCAUUUGA